AUGACUGGACAGAAACGGGUCGUUACAAUAACACUUAUUGCUGUUGGUUCUGCGACUGGGCUGGUGUCUAUCAUUGUCUUACUCAUCUUGUUGGUGCGACGUCAGAUAAAGAGGAAGAAGAAUAGGCAGAACAAUAGUGUCGCUAUGUUCAAAGUACUACUUAAACACUAUACUUAUGCAGAAGUGAAGAAAAUUACAAAAUCAUUUUCACAUACUAUUGGGAAAGGAGGAUUUGGAACUGUUUAUGGUGGAAACCUUUGUAAUGGUCGUAAGGUUGCGGUUAAGGUAUUAAAGGAUUCAACGGGAAAUGGAGAAGAUUUCAUCAACGAAGUUGCAAGCAUGAGCCAAACAUCUCACAUAAACAUUGUUUCUCUGCUUGGUUUUUGCUAUGAAGGGUCCAAAAGGGCGAUCAUAUAUGAGUUUCUCGAGAAUGGGUCUCUGGAUCAGUUUAUCUCUAGAAAGAAGCCCUUGAAUCUGGAUGUGGCAACUCUAUAUGGAAUCGCGCUAGGCGUUGCUCGGGGAUUAGAGUACUUGCACAAUGGCUGCAAAACAAGAAUUGUCCAUUUCGACAUCAAACCUCAAAAUAUUCUGUUAGAUGGCAAUCUUUGUCCUAAAGUCUCAGACUUCGGUCUUGCUAAACUAUGUGAAAAAAGAGAAAGCAUUGUGUCAUUGAUAGACAUGAGAGGAACUAUAGGUUACAUUGCACCUGAGGUGUUCUCAAGAAUGUACGGCGGAAUCUCCUACAAGUCUGAUGUGUAUAGCUAUGGAAUGCUGGUGAUCGAGAUGUUGGGGGCAAGAACCAAAGAAAUAAUUGAAACCACGGCUUCCAACGCUACUUCAGUAUACUUUCCUGAUUGGAUCUAUGAUGAUCUUGAAAAUGGACAACAAACGUGGAUACUUGGAGAUGAAGUAACUACGGAGGAAAACGAGAUUGCAAAGAAGAUGAUAUUGGUGAGUCUCUGGUGUAUUCAACCAUGCCCAAUGGAUCGUCCACCCAUGAACAGAGUUGUUGAGAUGUUAGAAGGAAGUUUGGAUUCUCUUGAAACUCCCCCUAAACCUUCUAUGCAUAUUUCGAGAGGGCUUGUGACUGACCAAUCUUCUUCUCUUCCUUCAUUUUCUCAUGGUCAGGAAGUUGGAGGAAAUACUGAAACCUUUGAUUCUAUAAAUAUUUAG